GUAAUAUUAUUCCAAGCAGUUUGCGCCAUCUUGCUCCAGUCCACUAGGCGGCGGCAAAAUACAUACAAAAAAAACUAAAUGUCAAGCGUUUCGGAACCAGAAGAAGCAAACAGAAGAAAAGAUGGCGGCGUCCAUGCUGGUUCAGAGGACGGCAGCGUUAUGUGGGACUUUAAAGGGAGCUUCCCUGUCCAAAGCCAUCCUUCCUGUGAACUGUCGCUGUGGGUUUGUGUUGCAGACUGCAAGCUACAACCCCAAACGGCUGUGGCUGAACCUCCGGGAUCCCUACAUCCCCGACAAGGAGAGCGACAAAACCCCGGAGUGGCAAAAGACGUCUCGGUAUGACAGGAAGCUGUUCGGCCGUUACGGCUCAGCCUCGGGCAUCCCCCCCGCGUCUCUGUGGCCGUCUUCCGAGGAGCUGGAGAAGAUUAUAGCGGAGGAAAAAGAGUGGCACCCACCUUUGGAAGUCAUGCUGAAGAAGAUAGAGGCUAGACAGCAGGAGGAAACCGAGAAGCGGCUCGCGAAGGAGAAGCUCAUAGCGGCGAACAUGGCCAAGAUGCCCAAGAUGGUGGAAGACUGGCGCAGGGAAAAGCGCGAGGCCAAGCAGAAACUGAAGGAGGAGAAGGAGCGGAAAGCCAAGCUGCUGGCCGAGGCGCAGGAGCGCUUCGGGUACAAAGUGGACCCCCGCAGCCCCAAGUUCCUGGAGAUGGUCGCCGAGAUAGAGAAGGAAGAGAAGAAGAAACGGAAACUGCUGAAGCGCAGACAGAAGGAGGCGCAGGCUGCAGCGCCCCCUGCUGCCCAGCCCUAGAACUGGAGUUUUUAGCAACAUGCUGUCAGUUUUUAAGGUAGAAACAACAAAAAACUCAAAUCUGGUUUAAUCCAUUAUGGCAGGAAUUGUGUUUUUACAAAUGUAUAUAAUAAACUGGCGACAUGUUGCUACGUUUGUAUUUAUUGCGCUGGAAAUUGGACUUUAUAAGCCAGUGCAGUCCUUCUUUAGCGAUGGAAAAUAACUUUUUCUGUUUCUAUGUAUUUUCACCAUCUUCUCAUGUGUACAGACUUUAGAAUAAAAUAUACUUUUUC